AUGCUUGACAAAAACACCUGUGUUGGUGCAGUCUUUUUAGAUUUGAAGAAGGCCUUUGAUACAGUAGACAGAGGAGGUCAGACAGAGGAGGUUAGUCAGAGGAGGUCAGAGGAGGUCAGUCAGAGGAGGUCAGAGGAGGUCGGUCAGAGGAGGUCAGUCAGAGGAGGUCAGAGGAGGUCAGUCAGAGGAGGUCAGCGGUCAGAGGAGGUCAGAGGAGGUCAGUCAGAGGAGGUCAGAGGAGGUCGGUCAGAGGAGGUCAGUCAGAGGAGGUCAGAGGAGGUCAGUCAGAGGAGGUCGGUCAGAGGAGGUCGGUCAGAGGAGGUCAGUCAGAGGAGGUCAGAGGAGGUCAGUCAGUGGAGGUCAGAGGAGGUCAGAGGAGGUCAGACAGAGGAGGUCAGAGGAGGUCGGUCAGAGGAGGUCGGUCAGAGGAGGUCAGUCAGAGGAGGUCAGAGGAGGUCAGUCAGUGGAGGUCAGAGGAGGUCGGUCAGAGGAGGUCAGAGGAGGUCAGACAGAGGAGGUCAGUCAGAGGAGGUCAGUCAGAGGAGGUCAGUCAGAGGAGGUCGGUCAGAGGAGGUCAGAGGAGGUCGGUCAGAGGAGGUCAGAGGAGGUCAGUCAGAGGAGGUCAGUCAGAAGAGGUCAGAGGAGGUCAGUCAGAGGAGGUCAGAGGAGGUCAGUCAGAGGAGGUCAGUCAGAGGAGGUCAGUCAGAGGAGGUCGGUCAGAGGAGGUCAGAGGAGGUCAGACAGAGGAGGUCAGUCAGAGGAGGUCAGAGGAGGUCAGUCAGAGGAGGUCAGAGGAGGUCGGUCAGAGGAGGUCAGAGGAGGUCAGACAGAGGAGGUCAGUCAGAGGAGGUCAGAGGAGGUCAGACAGAGGAGGUCAGUCAGAGGAGGUCAGAGGAGGUCAGUCAGAGGAGGUCAGAGGAGGUCGGUCAGAGGAGGUCAGAGGAGGUCAGACAGAGGAGGUCAGUCAGAGGAGGUCAGAGGAGGUCGGUCAGAGGAGGUCAGAGGAGGUCAGACAGAGGAGGUCAGUCAGAGGAGGUCAGAGGAGGUCAGUCAGAGGAGGUCAGUCAGAGGAGGUCAGAGGAGGUCAGUCUUGGAACAACCUUCCUACAGACAUAA